CGGUGCCUUUAUAUUUUAUAUCUUUUUGCGCCGAUGAUUUCUAUAAUAACAAUCUUCUCCUUCUGCUUAUCUUUAUUAUUAUAAAUUUUAAAAAAAUCAUUAUCAUCAGAUGACAUCCCUUCCUUGUUUUUCCAUCCCAAAAAAUUAACUAAUUAAUUAUUAAACUCACAACUCCACCAUGGAAACCGGCGCCGGCGCCGACGUAGCCACUCCAUGUAACAACAACAACAAAAACUAUCCGUCAACCGGAAAAAGAAAAUCCGAUCAUCAUCAAAGACCAUAUAAAGGAAUACGUAUGAGAAAGUGGGGAAAAUGGGUGGCUGAAAUUCGUGAGCCGAAUAAACGUUCGAGAAUCUGGCUCGGCUCAUACUCGACUCCUGUAGCCGCGGCUCGAGCUUAUGAUACUGCUGUUUAUUAUUUACGUGGGCCCACCGCUCGUCUGAAUUUCCCUGAAUUGUUGGUGUCGUCUGAUAAUUAUGAAUGUUUGGAUGAAUUGUCGGCUGCUUCUAUUAGAAAAAAAGCUAUUGAAGUUGGUACCAGAGUUGAUGCUGAAACGACGUCGUUGCAUAAUAAUAAUAAUAAUAAAAGUAAUGAUAAUCAGAAUAAUAGUAAUACAUCUAGUUCUCAUGAAUUGGAAUUCAAGGCUUGUUGGUUUCAAGGAAAACCGGAUUUGAAUAAAAAACCCGAACCCGAAGAAGACCCGGAUGGAGAUUCUGGUUGAAAGUGAAAGUGAAAGUGAAUUAGGGAGUUUUAGAAGGGGGUGAUUUGGUAAUUUUGGAUUUUACUCCAGGUAAUUCGGACAAGUAAUUUUUUGUUGUCUUUUUUAAUUUAGGAAAUAGGUGAAACAAAAAAAAAAUAUGAAUUUUGUGUUACUACGGAGUAGCUAGGAUAAUACUAAUGUAAAUAUAUUUUUUUUUUUUGUUGUUUUACUUUUUACUUUGAUAAAUCUUUGUUUUUAGUUUUUAUAAAAUUUUACUCCAUGUUGAUUACCACAUCGGUAUUAUGUUACUUGGUUUGAUAUAUCAAGAUUAUCUUGGACAGUUUGUUCUAUGAAUUUUUAACUUUUAAAGA